AUGGAUAUGGAGAUGCAGGCCAACGCCGCCGCCGCCAGUGCGCAAGAGGGCGACCUCGCCGACGUCGUGGCCCGCGCCAAUAUUGCAGUGGCGUCGUCCUCCACCAGCCAUCACCAACCACGACCACCUCCUCCUGCGUCAGCUCACAAAAUGGUCCCUUACGAGGAGCAGCAGCGGCGGCCUAUGAGCGUCGCUUGCGGCGUCGGCGACGCGGCGAUGUUAGAGGCGGUGCUACUGCCCACGGUCGCCCUCGAUCCGUACCUACUGCCACCGACAGGCUCGUAUGGGCUGCCGCAGCAGCAGCACCACCAGCAACCUCUGGCUUUCCAGAUCUCUGAGCACGCGUGCUAUGGCGCCUCUGCUGGGGAUGUCGACGCUGGCGAAGACGCUAUAAAGAUCUCGCCACCAUCUGCUCAUGCUCAUCAGAUGAUAAACAGAAAGAACGAUGUGAGGAAGGUGGUUUGCAUUCCGGCGCCACCAGCGACGAGCAACCGGGCGGGUGGAGGUGGAGAGGUUAUUCCAUCUGAUCUAUGGGCAUGGAGAAAGUAUGGCCAGAAACCCAUCAAGGGUUCUCCUUAUCCAAGGGGUUACUAUAGAUGCAGCAGUUCCAAGGGUUGCAUGGCCCGGAAGCAAGUGGAGCGCAGCCGCAGCGACCCCAACAUGCUGGUCAUCACCUACACGGCGGAGCACAACCACCCUUGGCCCAUGCACCGCAACAUCCUAGCCGGCUAUGCUCGGGGUCAUAGCACCGAUGUCACUACGUCCGCUGCCAAGAAGCAAAAAAUCACCAGCUUCACUGAUAACGUCGCAAGCUCAUCACCUUCGAACCAUAAUAAUUUUCUUCCGGAGCAAAAUGUGAUGGGCUGCGGUAACCAGACAGCCUCUAACUCAAUGGUGGUGGCGGUGGAUGGGGAUGGAUCCACCGGCAUUAGGGAGGGUGGUGGACUGAUGUAUGAAUUGGCCAGCAAUGGAGUUGUCCAGCCUGAUGAGGUUUUUGCAGAGCUGGAGGAGUUGGAGCCUGAUAAUAGUUCCCUGCUGGUCAAUGUGAACGUAUACUCCAGGGGGGUAAGUAGUAAUUACGAGUGGCACAAGUUAUGAUCAUACUUCUAAUGAAUCAUCGUCAGCCGGCUUUGAUAUAGUGCUCUAGACCAUAUACUAUGUUAAAACACCUUUUCUUUAUUUGUACACGAGGACGAAGAAUAUUAUUUGAUACUAUGAUGGUAGACUAAAAAUUUGUAUAGUUUUACAACCUA